CCCGGAUGACUGACGUCAUAUUACUGAGACGAUGCUCUCGAGGACAUGACUUGUGGAACAACCAGUGCGAAUUUUUUUAAACGUCCCUUGAUUAAACCAUAGAUAAACUGGCGCAAUGUUGGCUUGUAAACGUAGCUUGAUGGCCUCUGCCCUCCGGGUUCUUCGCAGUAAUCAAGUUGUUGUGUUUGGUCAUGGGCAGAGAUGUAUGUCCACACAAACAGACGGAGAGGUCCGCAUCGCGAACAUACUGAAGGAGAAGUUCCCGUUAGCAGCAUCGCUCAAAGUUGUGGAUAUAUCAGGUGGUUGUGGGGCCAUGUAUGAGAUCCAUAUAGAGUCCAGUGAGUUCAAAGGAAAAAGGACCAUUCAACAACACCAAUUAGUCAAUCAGGCACUCAAGGAAGAGAUUCAAGGAAUGCACGGACUGCGAAUAUUUACUGAUGUUCCAAAACAUUAGAAAAAGUCCUUCCACUCUUGACCCACAAUUUUUUCCUUUUGUUCCCCCUGUCUAUUAUGAAUGUACAGUUUAAAAGAGGAUAUUGUGUAGUAAAUUAAUUACACAAUUGUUAAUGUGUCAGUGGCAGAAAAGCAGAGGGACAUCGAUAUUCUUAUCGUUUCUGGCAUACACAGUAUGAAAUGUGAAUAAAAUGAUUACACUAAGUUAUCAUUAAACUAGUCAGAUAUCUUCUACUCUGAGAUAGUGGUGACAAUACGCACAAAGACUGAGUAUAAUGUAUAAUUAAUUUUUUUUUAAGUCAGGUAGGUUUCUGCCCAAUUUGGGGUCUUCUCAGGGUUGAUAACAAUGCUGGUGUAAUGAUAAGCAGUCAAAGAAGUAAUAAACACAACCUCCUGAAUGUUGGAGACUUACUACA